UAGAGUUUGUGAUAGAAGAAGACGACUCGACAGAAGAGAGGGGAAACGCUUUAAAGGAAAUGUCCUCGGUUCCAGACGGGAAGAAGCUGGUCCGCAGCCCCAGCGGCCUCCGAAUGGUUCCGGAGAACGGCGCCUUCAACAGCCCGUUCUCCCUGGACGAGCCGCAGUGGGUCCCGGACAAAGAGUGUCCGAGAUGCAUGCAAUGCGACACCAAGUUUGACUUCAUCAGACGAAAGCACCACUGCCGGCGCUGCGGCCGCUGUUUCUGCGAUAAAUGCUGCAGCAAGAAGGUGGCGCUGCCCCGGAUGUGCUUCGUUGACCCGGUGAGGCAGUGUGCAGAGUGCAGCCUGGUCUCACAGAAGGAGCUGGAGUUCUACGACAAGCAGCUCAAAGUGCUGCUGGGAGGAGGGACGUUUGUCGUCACUUUGGGAACAUCAGAUAAAUCUGAAACCAUGACCUGCCGCCUCUCCAACAACCACAGAUACCUGUUCCUGGAUGGUGAAAGUCACUUUGAGGUGGAGCUGACCCGCAUCUCCAGCAUGCAGAUACUGACCGACGGGACGAGUCCAGGAGAGGAAGACGUUCACACUUACACCAGCCUGCUGGACGGCCUCUGUGUCUCUGAAGGAGGGACAUCGCGGGCCAGUGGGAUGCUCCUCCAUUACAAACCAAUGGGCUCCCAGGAUGCCCAGCAGCUACAGAUGGAGGCUGCAGAAGACAAGAAGGUGGGAUCGCUGUGGCUCGCUGCAAUGCACAAGGCGGCCAAGCUGCUGCAUGAAGCUCGAGACCAGUGACGGCCAGAGGGGAACGGAGACAGAACCCACCCAAGUGUUUUCCAGCCGAGUCAGAUUCAGAUCGGGUUUGCUCUCAUCGCCGCAGAUUCGCUUUAUCCAUCUGAUCUCUUAUCGGUUCUAUAUGCCAGCUCUUCAUUGUUUUUUUUUUUGUUGUUUUUUUUGUUUUUUUUGGGGGGGGGGCAAGAAAUCUUUCUAAAAGGAGAUUAAACAUUUUUACAGGAUGUUGAGGCUUGCUAAUGUUGGAGGCUUUAACAUUAAUCCAGAAAUGUUUCUCUGUAUUCUUAUGAAGGUUGCACAACACACUUUUUACACUCGGUUUAUUGCACAGGGAUUUUACUCGCUGCUGUUUGUGCAGGGAUGACAGAACCAAGUUGUAUCUUCAGCAGAUCUUCCAGUUCCAAACCGUUCCUAAGCACAUUAAAGGAAACAUGCAGAUUAACUUUUGGCACAAGGUUGAGAUACAGAUAUUUUCAUCUUUCCUUGGCAUUAAGAAGCUGUAGUUGUCAUCUGAAUUCCUUUGAAAACCAAGUAAGAACUGGACCUUCAGUACUACUUUACAUUAGCUCUUUUAAACUAUUUUUAAAAUUUUUUGAAAACAGCAAUUGUGUUUCUUCUAGAGCUUUUUUUCUAUGCUGCCACUUUCUUAUGUUGUGCAGCAAAAUGCAUGGAUCUGAAUUUUCUUGGCGCCUGUUUCCAGUCUCAGAGUUUUGUAACGCUCUAACCUGCCCAAACAAUUGUUUUCCUAAAGAACAACGGCAGAAUUUUCUUUGUAUCCUUCCUGUCGAGAAAACCUACUAGGCCUCUUCCAUCUCUGUGCUUCCUGUGGAACACCUCACUGAUGGUGAAAAUGAUUAACUGUCACUCUUCACUCAGUAAUGACUUCCACACCGAAAGCCAUAGUUACUGCGACCCAUCUGUCUGACUGUAGUACGUCUGACCUUAAAGUCCCCAACACUGGGUACUAGCUGUCCGUCUCUAAUUUAAAGGUGCAUGAACAUGUUAACUUGCUAACGUUCAAAUCAGAUGGAUUUCUUGAAGUGGUUUUGCUAAUUACAGUCGAAAACCACUUCUGAGGCGUAAGUGAGAAAUAUUAAGUGCCAGGGAGGACAGAGUACUGACAAACUUUCUCAGUCAAGUGCAAAAUAUGUGCAUAAUUUAAAAAUCAAAUAAGGAAAUGAGAAGAAGAAGGUCAUCAGCUUUACAGGCAACAGCCAAGAAAGGAGGCACAGAAACGAACCGAAAGAUUGUCUAAAUGUUCAGGGUUUUCUGGAUGAGGCCAAACCCAGAAAACAAACCCAUCUGUCCAGUUUCUGAUAGGAUGAUGUCACCCGCUCCUUUUUUUGGUUUAUUGUCUUUGUUUUAUUUCCCCAAACUUUUGACUAACUUGCACUCCUGUCUGCUUCUGUGUCUAAUGAGCUUCAGACUAUUCACUGACCAAAGUGAGGAAGAAACACAGAAACUUUAAUUGUAGUUUCAUGUAUACAAGUUUUCUAUGAGCUAUUUUGUUAACUAUUCCUGCUUUGAAUAACAUCCUGUCUGUUCUUCCAUCUUUUUUUUUUUAAACUAAACUAUAUUGAAGUAUUCUAGUCACUUUAUGGGUUUUAUUUUGAUUUGUCACCUCGGUGUGAUGUGGAGCAUUUUAGCAGAGGCAACACACUACAGUAACUCUGAGAAAUGGUUACCUGGCAACAGACCUAUCAUGUGAUAAUAUAAAAAUAAAACCAAGUAAUUUGAAAACUGUUUUAAAAAAACCUCUUUUUCAUUGUAUGUACAUUUAAAACCUAUUAGCUUACUGUUUAAUUUUUAGUCUAAGUCAUGAAGAGCCGUAGCUGGAGCUCUAAAGGGCCCCUUGUGGCUCCAGAGCCACAGGUUGCAGACGGGUGCAGCGAUUUCCAUCAUGCUGCUACACUUCUAUAAUCUCUGCUGUAGUGAGGUGGACGUGACAUCAUGUUAACAUGAAUGAUUUGAAAGCAUGUGGUGAUUUAUGAAGAGGAUUUAUGGAAAUAUGGUUUUAAAGGAACUUCUGGUUUAAAAGUCCAUUUCUUGAGAACUUUUCAAAAGUUCUCAAGAAACUUCUUUAGAGUCGAUGUGGGGAGAACGAAUUGCCUCUGUGGUUCUGUGGAGCUAAAUAUCUUGAUUCUGGUCAGUAACUGACUUCUCUAUGGAGCUCCAAUCAUUUAACAAGGAGAUUCUUUAGUAAAACUGCUCAGUAACAAUUCAGAUGCCAAUGUUUGUUACUGUAGUGUCGCUGAUCCCCCCCAAAAAUGCUCAUGUGUAUCGGCGUGUAUCUUAUUUCUCCACAUGAACAUCAAAAUGAUUCUUAUAGCACAAAAUAUAUCAGCAAAAUGUCUGCUGGCAUGCCACCUUCACCUCACGAAUUAAAACACAUUUCUUCAUCAACGCACAGAUGGUUUUUUUGUUUUGUUUUUGAUCACAUGAUUUAGAGUGUUUAGAAGAUGGAGAAAGGCAAACCCUAACCCCAGAAAAGAGACAUGAACAAGAAACAAAACUGUACUUUAAAUGAAGUGGCAGACUGUGCAACGCCUUCAUUAUAAUUCUUUCUAUAUAUAUUUUUUAAUCAAAUGUAAACUGCCAUUGUGUACAUGUGCAAUUUGUUCUGCUCUGAGUACACUACCCUGUUUGUUUUUUUCUUAUGUUGCUGAUGGUGCCAUGUGUUGUUGGACCUUUAUGUUCAAAAUAAAAUCAGAUGUUUAUAUAUAACA